AUGGCUACUGCUCUUGACCAUCUGAGCCUCGGCGGCAGGAUCGAAUGGCUGUCGCGGCUCGAUACGGCAUUCCAGCCCGAGCGGAAUCUCCGUCGGACUUCCAUCAUCUGCACCAUCGGCCCAAAGACAAACUCGGUCGAGGCUAUCAACAAGCUCCGCGAAGCUGGUCUCAACGUCGUUCGCAUGAAUUUCUCGCACGGGAGCUAUGAGUACCAUCAGUCCGUCAUUGACAAUGCCCGCGCUGCCGAGAAGGUCCAGAAAGGUCGCCAGAUUGCCAUCGCACUGGACACCAAGGGGCCUGAGAUCCGUACCGGUAACACCAAGGAUGAUGCCGACAUCCCCAUCUCAGCCGGUACCAUGAUGAACUUCACCACCGACGAGAAGUAUGCGACCUGCUGCGACACUGAGAACAUGUAUGUCGAUUACAAGAACAUCACCAAAGUGAUUGAGCCAGGGCGCAUCAUCUAUGUGGACGAUGGUGUGUUGGCGUUUGACGUGCUCGAGAUCGUCGACGACAAGACCAUCAAGGUCAGGGCUCGGAACAACGGCUACAUAUCGUCCCGCAAGGGCGUCAACCUGCCCAACACGGAUGUUGACCUGCCCGCUCUCUCGGAAAAGGACAAGAAUGACCUCCGAUUUGGUGUGAAGAACAACGUUGACAUGAUAUUUGCUUCAUUUAUCCGGCGGGGCCAAGACAUCAGGGAUAUCCGCGACGUUCUUGGUCCUGAGGGCGCUCACAUCCAGAUCAUUGCCAAGAUUGAGAACCGCCAAGGCCUCAACAACUUCGAGGAGAUUUUGGCUGAGACUGAUGGUGUCAUGGUUGCCCGUGGCGACCUGGGCAUUGAAAUUCCUGCGGCCGAGGUGUUUGCGGCGCAGAAGAAGAUCAUUGCCAUGUGCAACAUUGCCGGCAAGCCCGUGAUUUGCGCGACACAGAUGCUCGAGUCCAUGAUCAAGAACCCGAGACCCACCAGAGCUGAGAUCAGUGAUGUUGGCAACGCCGUUACUGACGGCGCUGACUGCGUCAUGCUGUCCGGAGAAACCGCCAAGGGUAGCUAUCCCGCUGAAGCGGUCCGCGAGAUGAGCGAGGCAUGCCUGAAGGCCGAGAAUUCGAUUCCAUAUGUCAGCCACUUCGAGGAGAUGUGCACACUGGUGAAGCGGCCAGUCUCCAUCGUCGAGUCAUGCGCAAUGGCUGCCGUCAGGGCUUCGCUUGACCUCAAUGCGGCUGGCAUCUUCGUGCUGUCCACUUCAGGAGAGUCCGCCCGCCUCAUCUCCAAGUACCGGCCCGUGUGCCCCAUCAUUAUGAUCACCCGCAACCCGUCUUCUUCCAGAUACGCGCACUUGUAUCGCGGCGUAUAUCCAUUCCUCUUCCCUGAGGCCAAGCCCGAUUUUACCAAGGUCAACUGGCAGGAGGAUGUCGACCGCCGAAUCAAGUGGGGCCUUAGCAAGGCCAUCGGCCUCGGUAUCCUGAACGAGGGCGAGACUGUGGUGGUCGUGCAGGGCUGGAAGGGCGGUAUGGGCAAUACAAACACGCUCCGGAUUGUAAAGGCUGACGUGCAGCACCUUGGUAUUGGUCAGCUGGCCUGA